GAUACACAAGUUGUGUCCCAAAAAAAUAAAAACAAGCAGAGAUGUUGUCGCUUUAAUCGGUUCCAAUGCUUCCAAUCCCCCAAAUUGUCUUUUGUCUCCUUUCCUUUUCGUUUUUAGGGUUUUUUUUCUUAGCUCUGCUGUCUCUCUCUCUCUUCUUCAAAUAAAUUCCUCUGAAAGAUUAUUGAUUUCACUCUGCCCCGAAUACGAAAUCCAAAGUAUACAAAUUUUCCUGAAAAGGAAAAAUAAAAAGCCGAUCUUGGCUUUUUGUGGCUCGAUAGUUGGACGCAUUCUUGGUGAGGCUGAUUGAUUCUCAUCUGUGAAGUCUUUGGUUUGAAGCAAUAAUAAUAUGGAAGGAAUUCAACAUCCUAUACCUCGCACUGUCGAAGAGGUCUUUAGCGACUUUCGUGGUCGCCGAGCUGGUCUCAUCAAGGCUCUCUCUACUGAUGUAGAGAAGUUUUACCAUCAGUGUGACCCUGAGAAGGAAAACUUGUGUCUUUAUGGACUUCCAAAUGAGACAUGGGAGGUUAAUCUUCCCGUUGAGGAGGUCCCUCCUGAGCUUCCUGAACCAGCGUUAGGCAUCAAUUUCGCUAGGGACGGAAUGCAAGAAAAAGACUGGAUAUCUUUGGUUGCUGUUCACAGUGAUUCAUGGCUUAUCUCUGUUGCAUUUUACUUUGGUGCACGUUUCGGAUUUGGUAAGAAUGAGAGGAAGAGGCUCUUCCAGAUGAUAAAUGAUCUCCCAACCAUUUUCGAGGUUGUAACUGGCAAUGCAAAGCAAUCCAAGGAUCAAUCUGCUAACCACAACAGUAGCAGAAGCAAAUCUAGCAGUGGCAAGCCUCGUCAUUCUGAUACUCACACUAAGGCUUCAAAGAUGUCCCCACCACCAAGAGAAGAAGAUGAGAGCGGAGAUGAGGAGGAAGAUGAUGAACAAGGUGCUGUUUGUGGCGCGUGUGGAGACAACUAUGGAGGAGAUGAGUUCUGGAUAUGUUGCGAUGCUUGCGAGAAAUGGUUCCAUGGAAAAUGCGUGAAGAUAACACCAGCAAAGGCUGAGCACAUCAAACAUUACAAAUGCCCGAGUUGCAGCACCAGCAAGAAAAUCAAAGCCUGAAAGUGAUAAUAACAUUAGAGACUGUGAAAGAGGAGAACGUUUUCACAGCUGAAGAAAAAGACAGAACAAGAGUUUAGCUGUGGGAAUAAGAAGAAACAAAAGGCUUCUGAUUGCGUAGUUUUAAUGGGAUUGAGACAGCUUACAGUUAGUAAUGUCUAUUUCUCUCUUUUUUUUUUUCUUUUUUUUUUGCUGUUAAUGUUAAAAUGUUAUGACUAAUUUGUCUUAUGUUUCUGAGAAAAUUCUCUCUUUAAGCACUCUCUAGUCUAUGUCAAGUGGUUUCUUCUA